UAAAUGAAUUUUUUGCUAUUCAUAUGCAAAUAAAUAUUGUGCUCUGUGUAAAUUUUGAAUUAAAAAUUUUAUUACUACUGAAAGCGCAUUGCGCAGUGCGAAACAAAGUGUGAAGAAAAAUUUUGAAAUACACACAAGCAAAUGUGUUUGUGAGGAAAUUAAGUCGAUUUGUAGCUAUUAAUUUUGAAGUGAAAAGCGACUAUUCACGAACGACGACAGCAGUUGGUAUACCCAAACGCAUACAUAUGUACAAGCAGCUAGUGGCCCUCACCGUUAAUUAAAUUUCCGGUGCGAAGGUUCGCGAUUAAUGUGAAUAUAUGUACAUAUGUACAUAUGUAGAUGUUUUCAAAAGCAAAGAGAAAGUUACAUAAGAAAAGUGCAUUUAUAACAAAGGCGAAGAAAACAACCGAAAAAAUAGAAAAGUGUAUAACUACAUUUGUCACAGAAUUGUGAAUUGAAAAUUUUUCAACAAGCAAAAGAUACACACACAGCCGACGAAAACAAAGUGAUAGCAAACGAGACGCUUCCAGGUGGCAGAGGGUAAGCGCGAGGCGAAAAACAACAACUAGGCAGCAACUUCGUUGUCCUGAGUGUAACGCAUUCCUUCGGUUCAAAAACGCAAUCCACCCCACAACCGCAUCCCUAAAGGCGCCCGCUACGAAAGUAGAACAAAAAUACACACACACACGCACAUACCAUACACAACCACAAAGGAGAACACACACAUACACAUACAUUCUCAUAAAGUCUUCAAGCGGAUACAGUGCGCUGAGCGCAUAGAGCGGCAUAGCAAUAUGGCGGAUAUUUUGGAGAAAAGCUCUGUGCCAUUGGAAGCUGCGGUUGUCAGCAAUGGCCCAACAACAAUGACAGCAACGGGAGUGGCAGAGGUCGCUACAGCUCCCAAAACACCAGAUACAUUCGCAGCAGCAGGAAUACCGGCACAGGCUACUGGUGUUGGUGCAACAACAGUGAAUGACUCACACUCGCUGUUGUUGAAGGAGCAACAGCAUCAACAGGAGCAAAUAAUAUACCAACAGCAGAAGGAACAACAGCAGCUGCAGCUGCAGUUGCAGCUGCAACAACAACAGCCAGUC